AUGGGUAUGUUUAAGUGGAGAGUAGAUUCCCCUAGUAAACUUGAGUAUUUUUGUCAAAAAUUCAACAUCCCAACUAACACCCACCUUAGGCUCGCUAAAGAGAACGAUUCUACUAUACCCAGGGAGAAUUACAUGCCUUUCCUCGUGGUGUCCAUUAUCAAGGGUGGAAUCAGAUUCCUCCUUGACAUUCUUUUUCGAGAAGUGCUACACUUCUAUAGGCUUAACCCCAUGCAACUAGCCACUAACACCUUAGGGUUAUCAACGGGACCAAAGAGGGUGAAAAAGGCCAAGGCCAAAGUCACAACCUUCGCCUCCGACGAAGAGAGGGACGAAGAAGACUCGGUACCAAUUUCUAGAUUGGUUGAGGCCGAGAAGAGAGCAGCGAUGUGGGACUCUUCUGAGGCCUUACCAGCGAAGAAGCCAAGAUGUGGCCAGAUAAUAGCUAAGGCCGUCGAAAAUCAGGCCGAUGUAGUUGCCAAAGCCGCUAGGGCUGCUUCCAAGGUUGCCGAGGACAGAGCUGCCGAUGCCAAGGUCGCCUUGAAGGAGGCCCUAGAGACAAAGAAGGUCGAGAUCAAGCAAACUGGACGUGCCCUUCCCCCCUCUCCAGUCCAAUCCGAGGAGGAGGAGGAGGAAGAAGAGCAAGAAGAAAAGGCUAAUGCCGACGCCACUGCCACUGGGACCAAGUCCCUAAUUCUGAAUGAUCAUGUCCUAGACCUGACUGAGGAUGAUGGGGAUGAGGUUUCCAAAAGCAUUUCUUCCAAAAACGCCGAGGUUGCUGCUGCCAAGAAGAGUCUUAAUGAGACUCUAAAAGAAAUUGAUGAAGAGAUAGCGGUCGAGGUUAAGAAUGUGGCGGAGCAAGCCGAUGACGAUGUUCUAGAGCCUAGUACUUAG